AUGGGUGCGACCGAGAAAAUCAUUAUAUCUCUGGCUGAAGAUUUGACAGCCGCUCCUGAUACCACAGAAACGGAUCAACAUGCGUCUGCACUGGCGCAUAUAUCACCGGCGUCACAUGUGUCCCAGAGCAUGGCGUCGUUACCGGGAAACUCUCCAGCAAGUACGCAAAUGACUCGACAUCUCCGCUACAGCUCCGAGCUUGUUCGUUCCCCCGACUCACCGUACUCUCGUCCGCCAAUGCAAUUCACAAGACGCGAGGCGGAGCUUGUUAAGAACUUUACGGAAAACAUGGCUUUAUGGGCUGACGCGACUGAUGUGCAUCGUCACUUUGAGUUGGAGGUUCCCCGCCGGUCGUUGUACUUCCCUGUGCUUCGAUACGCAGUUUUCGCCUUCUCCUCGCGUCAUAUCAAUCGAGAUAAGGCAGACACUUCGACCGAGGCUCUGGAGUACUACAAUUCCUGCCUGAGUGUCUUGAUAGAAGCUGUUGAUAAAGCGAGUGGACAUAUCGAUGAGGAGACCCUUGCCGCCAUUGCCAUACUGCGGCAGUACGAAGAGAUGGACGCGGAGGAUAUGGAAAUGCACCUGACAGGAACAUCCAGGAUCGUCAACUCGAUGUCAGAGUUUGACUUCAACGGCGGUCUUGGUGAGGCCGCAGCGUGGCUCUGUCUCCGACAAGACAUUUAUGUCUCACUGACAAGACUGCGGCCUUUGAGAUCAAACCUAGAGAAUUACCUCCAGUCCGAUAUCUUUCGACGCACUGAUGAUGCAGCCUACGCAAACAAAAUGGUCUUCCUUCUUGCUCGAUCUCUGAGCUCCAUCUACCCAUCCGAUUCAUCCAUCUCGAACGAAAGCCUGGAGAGCAUUCGACUGCAAGUUGACGAUUGGUUUGACUCCAAACCGGCUGCUUUCAAUCCAAUUCUAGAAACCACCAGAAAUAAGGAUGAAGGGAAAUUGCUACCUACUAUUUGGGUUCUUUCGCCUUUUCAUUCGGUGGGUUUGCAAUACUACCAUAUUGCGAAGAUUGUGUUGGUCAUGUCUCUGCCAAUUGCUACAGACUCAGUAUUUGAGCAGAUCCGAGAGAGCAAGAAGGUUGAGCGAACGAUUCGAAACCAUUUACUUCAGAUAAUAGCAUUAGCAAGCUCUCACUCAAAAGCCGAAAAUGCGCUAUUCACAGCUCGACAUUCAUUAUCAGUUUGGGGCAGUGUUUUUACCGAAAAGUUGGAUCAGAAUAUGGUUCUUGACUUUUUACGACACAUUCAGCAAAAGACUGGCUGGCAAACAGAUUCACUAAGUAUGUCAUUGCAGCAGCAAUGGACGCAAGACUCGAAUGAGGACUGA